UUAGUGCUAUUUUUGAAUGGUAGAAUUGCAGCACGUGUUUGCUGCCCUCACAGUUUUGUUAGUUUUGUGAAAGUUCUAUUUCAUCCAAUAAUUAAACAAUGGCCGAUGUCGAGGAGGGCGUGCCGGCAGAGCCCAGCAUAGACUUUGUGCCAGCACUGUGCUUUGUGCCGCGCGGUGUAACUAAAGAGCGUCCCGACAAAAUUGUGUUGACACAUGAGGAACUUGCUCGUAUUAUUGGUGAGACACAAAAUGCCCUCGAGGCGGAAGAUGACGAAGACGACGAUGAUGAGGGUGGCGAUAAUAUGGAUGUGGAUAACGAGGAUCCACCUGCUAAUGCUGGCAAUGAAAAUCACAAUCCACAGGACGAAUUCGAUUUUCACAAUUACGAGAACGAAGAGAACUCUACGGUAACAAAUUUAGCCAACGUGGUGGAUGCCGAUCAGCAGGUGCCCGACGAAGACGAAGAUUCCGAAGCUGAGGACGAAGUGAUCAAGCCCACAGAUAACCUAGUGCUGGUCGGACACGUGCAGGACGAUGCUGCCAGCAUGGAGGUCUGGGUAUUCAAUCAGGAGGAGGAAGCACUCUACACACACCACGACUUUCUGCUACCCAGUUUCCCACUCUGCAUCGAGUGGAUGAAUCACGAUGCGGGCAGCGACAAGCCGGGAAACAUGUGUGCUAUUGGCUGCAUGGAUCCCAUCAUCACCAUUUGGGAUCUAGACAUACAGGACUCCAUUGAACCGACAUUCAAACUGGGCUCCAAGGGCAAUCGCAAGAAGCAGAAAGAACAGUAUGGGCACAAAGACGCUGUGCUCGAUCUCUCAUGGAACGCACAAUUCGAGCAUAUAUUGGCCAGUGGCUCCGUUGAUCAGACACUCAUCCUCUGGGACAUGGACGAGGGCCAACCACACACAAUAAUUACCGCCUUCGAAGAGAAGGUGCAGUCCAUAGAAUUCCAUCCAGAGGAUGCACAGAGCAUUCUUACCGGCUGUGCCGAUGGUAUUGUGCGUCUGUUCGAUUGUCGUGAUGCCGAGGCCGUCAAUGUCUCGUUCAUAAAUUGGGAGACAAGCGGCGAGGUAGAGAAGAUCCUGUGGCAUCCCACAGAGACCAAUUACUUCAUCAUUGGCUCCAAUGAUGGCAGUCUGCACUACGCCGACCGACGCAAAGCCAAUGAACUGCUGUGGUCCGUCAAGGCGCACAACGAGGAAAUCUCUGGAGUUUGCUUCAACAAACUGAUGCCCAAUCUACUGACAUCCACAUCAACCGAGGGUGCAUUGAAGAUUUGGAACUUCAACAGCACUGAAGCGAAACAUGUCUACGAGCAUGAUUUCAACAUGGGACGAUUGCAGUGCAUGCGACAGAGUCCCGAUGAUCCUUAUACGCUGGCCUUUGGUGGUGAGAAGCCUCCACGCUGCUCUGUGUUCAACAUCAAGAACUUUGAGGCAGUGCGACGCACUUUUGGCAUUGCCGAUGCUGAGUGAAGACAGCUGCGUAAUCUUUAUGUAAACAAUUCCUUGACUUAUUCAGCAAAGAUACUUUUAUGUUAUGUACAUAGAUAAAGUAUGUAUAUUAAAUAAGAUGUCCUCCUUGAGGAUAAAACACAAAAAAUGAAA